AAUGUGCCUCCCGCCCGCCGGGACAGCUUCCUCUUUUGCAGCUAUUUAAGGCUGGUCGCUGCUGCAAACCCCGCGGCGGCCGGGCCAUGGAGCGCUUGGAGGUGACAGAGACCUUUGCCGGCAUCUCCCUGCCGGGACACCUCCACACUCAGGAGUCCCUCAGCUUCGCCGUCGCCUUCCCCUUCCGCCCCACCGACGUGGUCAUCGCCACCUACCCCAAAUCAGGCACCACCUGGAUGCAGGAGAUCCUGACACUGCUGUUCAGCCACGGCGACGUCCUCCCGGCCAAGACCAUCCCCAACUGGGAGCGGGCGCCAUGGCUGGAGCAGAUCUACUUCAGGGAGGCCCUGCAGGACAUGCAGGAUACGGCCGCGUGCCGGCUCAUCACCACCCAUCUGCCUGCACGCAUCCUGGCCCCUGCGCUGCAGCAGAGCAAGGCCAAGGUGAUCUAUGUGGCCAGGAACCCCAAGGAUGUCGCUGUCUCCUUCUACCACUUCCACCGCCUGGCCAAGUUCCUGCCUGACCCUGGCUCCUUCGACACCUUCCUCACGCGGUUCCUUGAGGGCACAGUGCACUACGGCUCCUGGUUUGACCACAUUAAGGGCUGGCUGGGUCAGCGGCAGCUCCUGGACAUCUUCUAUGUCACCUACGAGGAGCUGCACCAGGAUCUGCGCGGCACCGCACAGCGGCUCAGCACCUUCCUGGGCUGCCCGCUGGAACCAGAGACACUGGCAGCCCUGGAGCAGCACUGCACCUUCGCCACCAUGCGCGACAACGCCAUGGCCAACUACACCCUCAUCCCCAUCGAGAUCAUGGACCACAGCCAGGGAUGCUUCAUGAGGAAAGGCGUUGUGGGGGACUGGCAGGAUCACUUCUCCCCGUGGCAAAACACGCUCUUCAACCGCCUCUACCAGGAGGAGAUGGGUGACCUGGAGCUGCCCGUGCGCUGGCCCAUGGCCUGACGGGCUUGGGGGGACGGGGGAGGCCACUGCACAAUGAGACUGGCCCCCCUGAGCCCUGCUGAAGGGGAUACAGCCUGCAUGGGGACCCCCCCCAAACCCCAUGCACCACCCCGGGGAAUGGAGCUGCGGGUCUGGUGUUGGGGGGGACUGUCUGCAUGACACCUCCCUGGGGAUGGGGGGCACUGCUGGCCACCCACCGGGUUCCUGUCCAGGGGGGGCACGUGUGGCUGUGAGCUGCUUCCGCCCCACGGAAAUAAAUAUUUAUUGCUGUCCCCA